AUGUUCCUGGCGAAAUCAAUGCAGGUGAAGGUGGUGCUGCGAGCUGACGUCAGCAGAGGGACGUACGGGAAGGUGGCAAUCAUUUCGGGCGGCGGGAGCGGGCACGAGCCAGCACACGCAGGGUUCGUGGGGAAGGGCAUGCUCACUGCCGCGGUGUGUGGGGAUGUCUUCGCCUCGCCUUCAGUCAACGCUGUCCUCAUGGUAUGCCCCAUUUCAACUUCCAGAAAAAUGGCCAUUCGGGCAGUGACUGGGCUUGCUGGCUGCCUCUUGAUCGUCAAGAGCUACACAGGCGAUCGGCUCAACUUCGGGUUAGCAGCAGAGCAGGCCAAGGAGGAGGGCUUCAAAGUCGACGUGGCAGGAGCAGCCGCAGAGGAGGGCAAGUCACUCGCUGACGUGGCAGCAGAGGCUCGCCAGGUGGCAGGGCCCUUUCUUUUCUUUUCUCCCUGCGUCGGCUUUGCUCAGACUUUGUCACCAUACCACCCCCAAUCCCCUCCCCCCCUCCUUCCCCUCCCCCCCCUCCCUCCCGCUCCUCCUUGCACUGCUGACUUCGCCCAUACCACAGGGCUGGUGGGCACCAUGGGGGUGGGUCUCUCCGUGUGCACCGUGCCGGGGGGCUUCCCCUCCGAUCGGCUCCCGGCCACCAAGAUGGAGCUGGGGCUGGGCAUUGUGAGUGGGUUGGGCAUGGGGAGCAGCGGUGGUGGACUGGACAUGCAGCCGGUGGACGUGAUGGGUUACCACUCUGUGAUUACAUGUACAUUCAUCCUUCCCCACCUUGCCAUCCCCCACCCACCCAUGCAGCACGGGGAGCCAGGAGCAGCAGUGGUGGACAUGCAGCCGGUGCAUGUGCCGGGUCACCCCUCUGUGAUUAUGUGCCUGUGUGAUUGUGCCAUCCCUCACCCACCCACCCCUCCAUGCAUGCGUGCAGCACGGGGAGCCAGGAGCAGCAGUGGUGGACAUGCAGCCGGACACAGGCUACAUGCCUCUCGAGCUUGGGAGCAGGGUAGCGCCCCGUCCUUGUCACUCCUGUUUCUCCCAUUCCCUCCCCUCACCUUUUGCUCUCAGGAGACGGGCUACAUGCCUCUCAAGCUCGGCAGCAGAGUAGCUCUCAUGGUGAACAGCCUGGGCGCAACACCAGCCAUGGAGGUUAUGAUUGCGGCAGGCAAGGCUGUAGCACAGCCACUCCCCCCCUCCCCUUCCCCCCCUUUCCCCUACCAUCCUCUCCCCCCUCUCCAUUCCCCCAGCCUGGGCACAACACCAGCCAUGGAGGUCAUGAGUGCGGCUGGCAAGGCUGUGGCGCAGCCACUCCCCCUUUUCCCCAUCCGAGACCUGGGCGCAACACCAGCCAUGGAGGUUAUGAUUGCGGCAGGCAAGGCUGUAGCGCAACUACAGGUGAGGAUGAUGCAAAUAGUGCCGCAACAGCUACCACCACUCACUCGCUCUGUCUGUGACUCUCUCUGUCCGCGUCUGCAUAGCAUCUCUCUGCACUCCUCUUCACCGCUACUCACGCCCAUGUACACAUCUCAACUGCUCUGCACCCCUCUGCAUCCCUCUGCACGCCUCUCUGCUUGCCCCCGUGUGCACCAUGGCAGGUGGAGCAUGGGCUGGCAGUGGAGCGAGUGUAUGCAGGCCACUUACUCUGUCUGUGUCUCUCUGCACCCCGCUGCACCCCUCUGCACCACUGUGUACACCAUGGCAUGGCAGGUGGAGCAUGGGCUGGCAGUGGAGCGAGUGUAUGCGGGCCAUUUCAUGACUUCCCUCGACAUGUCAGCGCCCUCCUCUCAUGGCCCUCCACUACCCUCCCCCUCACAAACGCGCUGA